AUGGAAAACCUUCAUAGUUCCUUGAAAGCUUCAAAGCACAAGUCCUUGAACUACAGCGAUUCGUCAAUCAAUAUAAAGGAUUUUGUUGGCCGUCGUUAUCAGAAGUUGCGACUGACUGCAAUCUCCGAUCCGUACGCUUCCGAUGGCUCAAAAUCUCCAUCACCGCCGAAGUAUCUCCAUUCCACCUCGCUGGCGACAGCCUUCAAUAAGUACUUCUCGCCGCUGGCGGCGAUUGAGAACCUGGAGUCACCACCGGUGAAGCUCGAGAAGGAUGUGCUGGUGAUGGACGAAAGUUCGGUACGGAAGUUUAAUAAAGGCGGCCGUAGCGGAGGAAUUAGGGGUAGGUCACUGCCGAUAUCAUCUGAAUCCGGCGGCUGCAGGGAAAUUGAGAGCAUUACUGGUAGGAGCUUUGACUACAGAACUGAAAUGUGUCCGUUUUGGGAGGAUUCCGGUAUAUGCCGAUUUGGUUCCAAAUGCCAGUUUGCUCACGGGAAAGAAGAGCUCCGUCCUAUUCAUUUCUCAGGCAAGAAUAAAUUUGAGGCACCGAGCAGCAAAUCAUCCAACAGUUCAGGUGGAUCAGGAUCGUCACAUGGCUCAAAGUUCCUCUUUGUUCAUCACAAAGUCAAACCAGCAGUAGAAUUCCUCUCUCCACCACUGCCAAUACCAAUGGCCUUACCAACAUUAUCCACCAAAGUAGAACAAACAUCUGGUGCCGUUGGGAGAACUAGAACCUCAAUUACUGCAUUCACGAACUCAGAUUGGACUCCUCUUGACGAUGGUAUAGCUGUCUCUUUAUCUUCUGGUUCGUUUGAGGAAAAUAAUCCCUCAAAAGAAGACGUGGAUGCUUACAUACGGAGGGGCCUCUAUGUUAUCCAUUCAAGGAAAAGAUUGCCAGUGUUUCUGGAAUUCUGCCAGGAGUAG